AUGGAGAAGUGGUCAAUGAGAUCACCAAAACCGGGGGGACUGCUAUUGCCAACGGGGGGGGACGUAUCCAAAGACGCCAAGUUCAUAGUGGCGGCGACAGUGCAGGCUUUUGGACGCGUCGAUAUUCUGAUCAACAAUGCUGGUAUCUUGGGCAGGAUAAGCUCCCAUGAUGACGUGGAUGCUGCUUCCUUCAUGCGCGUGAUGGAAGUAUCUGUCCUUGGAACGACCAUGAUGACGAGCGCUGUCUAUGACUUGAUGGCAAAACAGAAGUACGGAAGAAUUAUCAACAUCUCAUCAAACGCAGUCUAUGGAUUUGGUGCGGGUGGAGAUAGUGCCUAUGCAGCAUCCAAGGGCGCGACGUUUGCUAUCACGAGAGAAUUGGGCCGAUACUCAGAGAGAGAUGGGAUCAAGAUCAAUGGUGUCUUGCCCUCGGGUACAAGUCGAAUGACUACCAUCGCUCCAGGAACGAAGAAGGUUACAGAGACGUACUUCGACCCCACCAAGAUAGCGCCUUUCGUUGUUGUUCUAGCUUCUAGGGAGUGCCCGAUUAGUGGCGAGCUAUUCAGCGUUGGCGCUGGACGUGCCGCAAGAGAGACUUUUGCUACUUUUCCAGGUGCCGUGAACAAGAGCACAGCUGAGGAGUAUUUGGAGAAUUGGGACGAGGUUCAGGGUAAGAUAGGAAACGUGUACCUCCCGACCGGCUGUUUGGAUCAUGUCAAAUAUAUGAUCAGAAAUGCCUUGGGCGAAGAGAUGGAGGAAAUUGAGGGAUUUGGCCUUGCUUCGAACUGA